AUGGGCGACGGGGAGAAGAGAAAUAUUGUAGUUGUUGGUGGGGGAAUCAUUGGUUCAACUACAGCAUAUUUCCUGACACGACAUCCAAAAUAUGACCCCAAAAAGCACACAGUCCAUCUCAUAGAAGCUACAUCAAUAGCAAGCGGGGCAUCCGGCAAGGCUGGGGGACUACUCGCGCUCUGGGCAUACCCAUCAUGCCUCGUGCCGCUAAGUUUCAAGCUUCACGCCCAGCUAGCUGAAGAACAUGGUGGCGUCGAACGAUGGGGUUAUCGUGGAGUAGGUGUUGGUCAGAUUGAACUGAGCGGUCGUCACGUCUCAAAACGACCGAAGACCACAGAGAAUGGCGAAGCGAAAGGCGAAGACAUUCGCGGACUUCAUCGGCCUGAUGUAUCGAGCGACGGCAACGUGAGUCUGCAGAAACGAAGCAAAGAAUCGUACGCGAAUUUGAGCAAGAUGGGCCUUCCAGACGACCUGGAUUGGGUCGCCGAGGAAUGUGUGCGAGGUUACGAUAGCAUGGGCUCACCUAAAGAUACGGCACAGGUACAUCCGUACCAAUUCACGACGUCCAUGGUAUCUCUGGCCGAAGAGCAGGGCGCCAAAGUCAUCAUAGGCAGUGUUGAAAAGAUCGAGACUUCAGCUUCGGGAGAGCAUACUGUCAAGUACAUGGAUAAGUCAACGGGCUCCUUGCAAUCUUUGCCCGCCACCGAUGUAAUUGUUACAGCUGGACCUUGGACCAAGACCGUCUUGCCGGGAACGCCAAUCGGUUCUCUUCGAGCACACAGUGUGACGAUACGUCCAACGAGGCCGGUUUCCGCAUACUGUCUGUUCACUCAGCUUGCGCUACCGAAGAACUUCAAGGAAGGCGUCAAGUCGAAGGCAAUGUAUGUGAGCCCCGAAAUCUACGCGCGGCCCAACAACGAGAUCUAUGCAUGUGGAGAGGGCGACCAUCUCGUGCCACUACCCAGGUCUGCCGCUGAUGUCAAGGUCGAUGAUUCGCGAUGUCAAGAUAUCGUCGACUACUGUGCCAGUUUCUCAGAUGAGAUGCGGGACGGAGAAGUCUUGGUCCGCCAGGCGUGCUACCUACCUCAAGUCGAGACAGGUUCGGGACCACUAGUCGGACACACGAACACUAAAGGUAUCUAUCUCGCUGCCGGCCACACAUGCUGGGGUAUCCAGAACGGACCAGCCACGGGCAAGUUGAUGAGCGAAUUUGUGUUUGACGGCAAGGCUGUCAGUGCGAAUGUGAAUAGCCUGGACCCAAGAAGGGUUUUGAGGUGA